AUGUCACUCUCUACGAGACUUCUACCUCUCCGAAGAUGUGCGCUGGCUACGUGCAGACGACACAUAUGGGGAAGACCUCCGUUCGGCCCCCUGUCCGACGUUUUCAAGGAGUUCGAGCACCAAGUGCGCAACAUGGAACGUGAAAUGUCGCGUACCUUUCGCGAUUUGGAUCGUGCGACCGGAGGAUGGAGCCCCGCGUUUCGCUGGCUGCGUGCCCGAGAUGUCCCUGUUGAAACUGCCGAAGGUGGCGAGAAGUUCCAACUUCAACUGGACCUCGCAGACUUCAAGCCCGAGGAGGUUCGCGUAUCUAUCAUGGGAAAUCAAGUAUCUGUUCGUGCCCGGUCAGAAAGAAAGAGCUCUGACGGCUCCAACUUUGUUCGUGAAUUUAGCCACUCCGUGACACUGCCCGAUGAUGUUGACCCAGACACGUUGAGAUCAGUGUUGAACGCCGAUGGAACUCUAAACAUCGAAGGUCCUCGAAAACAUCUCCCUCCUCCUCAGGAGCCCAAGGAGGUGCCCAUCGAGCGCGGUGAUAGUGCUAAAAAAGAUUAG